AUGGCCGGUAAAGAAUCCGCAAGCACUUCGACGAUACCCGUUGCCGACGAGAACGGUCUCUCUGGACGCACACGGACCGGCGGUAGCACGGCGAGGAAUUACGCAAUCGCCGCCGCCGGUGAAUUCCUCGGAACAUUCCUCUUCUUCAGCACGGCGUACAUCGCGACGCAAGCGGCGAAGAACUCCGCGGCCACCUCCAGCUCCUCCGAGUCCGUCGCACUGCUUCUCUACAUCUCUCUCGCCUUCGCGCUCUCGCUCACCGCCAACGUGUGGCUAUUCUACCGGGUGUCCGGUGGUCUCUUCAAUCCGGCGCUCACCCUCGCCUUCGUCGCGCUCCGGCUCAUGACACCGGCCAAAGGCUUACUCCUCGCCGCCUCGCAGCUCCUCGCGGGCAUCGCCGCCGCCGGCGUAGCCAAGGCGCUCGUACCCGACUACCGCCUGGCGGUGCGCACGACGCUCGGCGCGGGCGUCACCCCCGCGCAGGGCUUCUUCAUCGAGCUGUUCCUGACGGCGGAGCUGGCGCUGGCAGUGUUCAUGAUCGCGGUGGAGAAGCACCGGGCGACGCACCUGGCGCCGCUGGUGAUCGGCGCGGCGCUCGGGGUCGGGCAUCUAGUCUCCGCUAGUCUGACCGGCGCGAGUAUGAACCCCGCACGCUCCUUCGGCCCCGCCGUGGUGGAUGCGGAUUUUAGUGGCGGGCAUUGGGUAUACUGGAUCGCACCGUGUGUGGGCGCUGUUGCAGCAGCGGGAGUGUAUAAGUGCCUCCUGGCUGUCGACUACCGCACUGCAAACCCCGGACAGGACGCAGACGGCGUCGAGGAGAAGGGGACCGUGUUUAUUGACCCCACGGGGUCGGACUGA